CGCGCUCCCUUGGGCCGCUCACAUGCCCCGCCCCCGCGCAUGCGCCCUGCUGCUCUCAGCCAUGGCAGCGCUACGGCUCUUGCCCCGGCUCCUGCUGGUCUCGCGGACUCGGCUGGUCCCGUCCCGCUCGGCCGGUGCCCCCGGCUCCGUGCCCGAGCGCAUCGCCGAGAAGCGUCGCGCCGCGCUGCUGGGGGGCGGCCAGGCCCGCAUCGAUGCGCAGCACAAACGGGGAAAGCUGACAGCAAGGGAGCGAAUUCUUCUGUUGCUGGACCCUGGCAGUUUUGUUGAGUAUGACAUGUUCGUGGAACACAGAUGUGCAGACUUUGGGAUGGAGUCUGAUCAGAAUAAGUAUCCUGGAGACAGUGUGGUAACUGGCCAGGGCCGGAUUAAUGGGAGACUGGCUUAUGUCUUCAGUCAGGAUUUUACUGUAUUUGGAGGGAGUUUGUCCGGUGCUCAUGCCCAAAAGGUCUGCAAGAUCAUGGAUCAGGCUGUCAUGGUUGGGGCUCCUGUAAUUGGGUUGAAUGACUCUGGAGGAGCCCGUAUCCAGGAAGGAGUAGAGUCUUUGGCUGGCUAUGCUGAUAUCUUCUUGAGAAAUGUUCUGUGCUCAGGAGUAGUCCCACAGAUCUCCCUCAUCAUGGGUCCCUGUGCUGGUGGAGCAGUCUAUUCGCCUGCUUUAACAGAUUUCACAUUCAUGGUGAAGGACACAUCCUAUCUGUUCAUCACUGGCCCUGAUGUAGUCAAGUCGGUUACCAAUGAAGAUGUUACCCAGGAACAGCUUGGGGGAGCAAAGACGCACACUGCAGUAUCAGGGGUCGCACACAGAGCCUUUGAGAAUGAUGUAGAUGCUUUGCUCAAUCUCAGGGAGUUCUUUAAUUACCUACCUCUCAGUAAUCGUGAUCCAGCCCCUGUUCGUAAAUGCCAUGAUCCUAGUAAUCGCUUGGUUCCUGAACUGGACACAGUUGUCCCAAUGGAGUCUACUAAAGCCUAUGAUAUGGUCGACAUUGUACAUUCGAUUGUUGACGAGAGGGAAUUCUUUGAAAUCAUGCCCUCCUAUGCUAGGAACAUGAUUGUUGGAUUUGCAAGGAUGAAUGGAAGAACUGUUGGAAUACUGGGUAAUCAACCCAAAGUGGCAUCAGGGUGUUUAGACAUAAAUUCUUCUGUGAAGGGAGCCCGUUUUGUUCGAUUCUGCGAUGCUUUCAACAUUCCUCUGAUCACUUUUGUGGAUGUUCCUGGAUUUCUGCCAGGCACAGCUCAGGAAUAUGGAGGAAUCAUACGUCAUGGUGCAAAACUACUAUUUGCCUUUGCAGAAGCAACUGUGCCCAAAAUUACUAUCAUCACCAGAAAGGCUUAUGGGGGUGCAUAUGAUGUGAUGAGUUCGAAACAUUUACGAGGAGAUGUUAAUUACGCAUGGCCUACAGCAGAGGUUGCAGUAAUGGGUGCAAAGGGUGCUGUCCAGAUCAUUUUCAGAGGAAAAGAAACAGAUGCAGAGGCAGAAUAUGUGAAUAAAUUUGCAAAUCCCUUCCCUGCGGCUGUCAGAGGAGACUAUACAUAUAGAACUUCCCAAUGAAAUUUACAGUUCUUCUUGAAUUGAGCCCCCCUGGUUUGUUGAUGAUAUCAUUGAACCUUCUACCACUCGAAUCCGCAUUUGCCGUGAUCUGGAAGUGCUGGCUAGCAAAACGCAAUCCAAUCCCUGGAAGAAGCAUGCGAACAUUCCACUGUGAAUAUGAUGAAGAAUUGGCUACAAAAUGAAGCCACUUUUGUGACACGGGGAAGUGUUCUGAAUACAUAUAUUCCUUAGCUAAAGUGGAGAACCUGAACUUAGCACUAUGAACAUUUCUUUUAAUUUUAAUUUGCUUAAGUAUUAUGUAGCAAUAAAUUUUGAGAGAAUGGUUUUA